CCUCAUGGACUUUACCACCUGGAGCUCCAACUCCACAGAGCAGUCUGGUUUCAUCCUGGUGGGACUCUUCCGUCAAUCCACACACCCAGCUCUGCUGUGCCUGGCCAUCUUUGUGAUCUUCCUGAUGACUUUGUCUGGAAAUGUACUCCUGAUCUUUCUGAUUCACUCUGACACUCACCUCCACACCCCCAUGUACUUUUUCAUCAGCCAGUUGUCUCUCAUGGACAUGAUGUACAUUUCCACCACUGUGCCCAAGAUGCUCCUGGACCAGGUUCUGGGUGAGAAUAAGAUCUCUGCCCCUGAGUGUGGGAUGCAGAUGUUCCUCUACUUGACAUUAGUUGGUUCAGAGUUUUUUCUUCUGGCAGCCAUGUCCUAUGACCGCUACAUGGCCAUCUGCCAUCCCCUGCGUUACGCUGUCCUGAUGAGCCACAGAGUGUGUCUCCUCCUGGCAUCUACCUGCUGGUUCCUGGGGUCAGUGGAUGGCUUCAUGCUGACACCUGUGACCAUGACCUUCCCUUUCUGUGGGUCCCGGGAUAUCCAUCACUUCUUUUGUGAAGUCCCUGCAGUGACAAAGCUCUCUUGCUCAGAUACCUCGCUUUACGAGAUGCUCAUGUACCUGUGCUGUGUCCUCAUGCUCCUCAUCCCUGUGACAGUCAUCUCCAGCUCCUACACCUUCAUCCUCCUCACCAUUCUCAGGAUGAACUCGGCAGAGGGCAGGAAGAAGGCGCUGGCCACCUGCUCCUCCCACAUGACUGUGGUCCUUCUCUUCUACGGUGCUGCUGUCUACACCUACAUGCUCCCCAGCUCCUACCACAGCCCCCAGAAGGACAUGGUAGUGUCUGUGUUUUACACAAUCCUCACUCCCGUGUUGAACCCCUUAAUCUACAGUCUUAGGAACAAGGAUGUCACAGAAGCUCUCAGAAAAAUGUGCAGUGUGAAAAUUGCCUUUCCAGACAUGCUUCCCGCACUGCAGGUUGUCAGAGCUGAAAACCAAUUGGCAAAAGGUGCUGAGGAUGAGACCGACAUCUCAGAAAAGUUUCAGUCCAGGAAGGAAGCACACAGUGCUACAGAGACCAUCAAGGCAAGCCAACUUGGGAAGGGCAAGAGCUUGACAGAAUUCCCCCAGGUCCCUUGGAAAACUCAAGUGCAGGCUGGGAAAAUAACUGGCCUGUGUUCAGGGCUCUUCAGUGUCCGGUAUAUUUUUGAGAGUGGUUUUGCUGUGCUGCUGUACUGCUCUGGCACAGGUGGCACAGCUGUGGCUGUCAGCUGA